CGAGAUACAUGUAUAGCAGCGGAGUCAUGACACGAUUGAUAUUAUCUAAUAGAUUCCACAUUACCAGACACAUAAUCAUCUAUAUAUGCAAUGGGGCGAACGUCGAGAAAACGCCGAAGGAAGAGGCUUAAUUUCGUAAAAUUGAAUGAGAACACUGAUGAGUCUCUGACGCAUUUAAAAUCCUGGCUUCUAAGUGAAAACUGUACAUCGAUUCGUUAUUUAAUACCAAAACAUUUUCCCCUCUCAGGCAGAGGUUUAAAAACAUUAAAGCGCGUAGAAAGUGAUGAAAUACUGGUUCAAUUACCUUUUCGAAUGUUAUUAACAACAGACGUCUUAUCACAGAGUCAUAUUAAAACUUUAUUCCUGCAUACCACUGAUAGUUUUAGUCCCCAAUGUAUGCUUGCAAUGUUUCUUGUAUAUGAGACACAUUUAGGUAUAGAGUCAAAGUGGUAUCUUUAUCUAAAAACACUGCCGCAGUCUUUCACAAAUCCAGAUUUCUGUUCCAACAAAGAGAAAGCAAUGUUACCAAGUUUUAUAUUGCGUCCUUUAUAUCAAACACAUAAAUUGCAAGAAGAUUUUUCUUUGCUAAUGAAAGUUACAAAACACAUGAAUGUUGAUAGAAGCCAUUGUCCUCAUUGCAAUGUGUGUCUGCAAAAGAUCCUAACAUUUGCAAAAUAUAAAUGGGCAUACUAUGUUGUCAAUACACGAGCUGUAUAUGUAGAUGCUAAAGUAUGCAAGGAGAACAUAUUUAACAUAAAACAACCUAAUAAUUUGGCUCUCGCGCCGUUCUUAGAUUUAUUUAAUCACGAUGUGAACGCCGCUGUUAAAGUAUCUAUUGUCACGGAUAACUAUCAGAAUCAAUUUUAUCAAAUUGUUACUUUGAAACCGUUUGACAAAGAAACGCAAGUGUUUAUUAAUUACGGUGCACAUGACAGUCUCAAGUUAUAUAUCGAUUAUGGAUUUUUCAUUCCAUGUAAUCCGCUAGAUGAAAUCCAAUUUAACAUCUUUGAUAUAAAGAGAUGUUUUGACAUUUCAAGGAAUAAAUUAGAUUUUAUUACAUUCAAUGGUUUCCACAAGAAUAUGUCAUUUACUCGCGACGGUUUGAAUUACAAUGCGACAAUGGCAUUAUUUAUAUCGAGUACAAAGUUAGAGAAGGACCGUUGGAAACUGAAAAUAUAUGGCGAAACGUUCGAUACAGAGGAACGGAGUAUAAUCAAUAAGCUAGGAAUAAAUGUCUUAAACUUGAAAAGAACGAAGUAUAUGUAUGCUUUAAGUAAUAUGAAAAAUGUUAAAUUUAAAAGCCUGAGCUUUUCAAUCGCGAUUAAUCUCAUAGAAGAGUAUAUUAAUAUCUUAGAUGCUGCAUUUAAUUAUAUGGAGAAACUAAGAAAUGCUAUAUUAUAUUAAAUAUAAUGCAGCUUUCCAAAUUAAUAUA